ACGUUAUUUCUCAUCGUCUACCUCUUCGAAAUUUGUGAAUCAAUCAAACCCUAAAAAUCAACCUCUGAGAUCGGGAACCCUCCGGGAAUUCUCGUUCCCCUUUUGCUUUUGACUGUGUGUGUUUGUAUAUUCGUUUUUAUUAUAUGAUUGAAUGGUGUCUUUGACCACCCAUAAGACAUUCAACGAUCUGGAAAACUGGAACACCAAUAAAACAUGCUCGCCUCCUCCGAUCCAUCGCCGAAGAAACCGGUCCUCGUUAGAUCUGUAUGGUCCGAAAACCUUGAAUCCGAGUUCAAGUUGAUCCGAUCCGUCAUCGAUGAUUACCCGCUCAUAUCCAUGGACACAGAGUUCCCAGGCGUCGUGGUACGCCCCGUCGGAGAUCUGGACUUCCGGCAGCCCUCCACCCACUAUCUCGUCCUCAAGGCGAACGUAGAUCGCCUGAAUCUGAUCCAGAUCGGGCUAACGCUCUCUGACAAAGAUGGAAAUCUUCCGGAUCUCGGUUCCGGCAACCGGUUUAUAUGGGAAUUCAAUUUUAGGGAUUUCGAUGUGGCUCGCGACGCCCAUGCGCACGACUCGGUCGAGUUGCUGAGGCGGCAGGGGAUCGAUUUCGAGAGGAACAGAGAGUUGGGGAUCGACUCGCUCCUGUUCGCCGAGUUGAUGAUGUCCUCGGGCCUUGUCUGCAACGACGCUGUCAGUUGGAUUACAUUUCACAGCGCUUACGAUUUCGGCUACCUCGUGAAGGUGUUGACUCGGCGGUUUUUGCCGGAAAAGUUGGUUGAUUUUCUGAGGCUGGUUAAGGUGUUCUUCGGUUCCAAUGUUUACGAUGUGAAGCACCUGACUAGGUUCUGUGCGAGCCUGUACGGAGGGUUGGACCGGGUCGGCGAGGCUCUAAACGUUGAUAGGGUCACUGGGAAGAGCCAUCAGGCUGGGUCUGAUAGCUUGCUUACUUUGCAUGCUUUUCAGAAGAUUCGGCAUCUGUACUUCAGCAAAGAUGGGCUGGAGAAGUAUGCCGGCGUUUUAUAUGGUUUAGAAAUUUCUUAAAAAAAAAAAAAAGAUGGAUGGGAUAUGUUGCUGUGUAGAAUUUCUUUUUUUUCUUUUUCCUUUUUAUUAAGCAGUAAAUUUUGUACACAAUUUCGUUUUAUCAAAUUAGGCUGUUUCCAUUCUUAGUAUAUAUAUAUAUAUAUAUAUAGCAUUUGUGCAAAUUUUAGUAUGAAAUUGCAAAUUGUUUUCCUGUUCUACA